GCUACUGCGAAGCGAAGCAAAGGCACAUUUCUGAACUCCCCUUCAGAUGAGAUGCGACUUGCUCUUGUGUUAUUCCUUGUGUUUACUUGCACUGUUCCCGGAAUGGAGCUGAAUUGCAAUGCCACUUAUGAGACUAUAUGUUAUGGGGCCCUGGAACAGCCUUUGUGUCUGCAUCUGUCAGGAGUCGGUGGAUAUGAGUAUGUUUUGAAGAAGGAGGAUGAUAAGAAUGGAACCAGUAUCUUUCGUCUUAAGAGAGGCAAGAUUAACUUCUACAGUCAGCACUCAUCUACCCGACAGAGAUGGUACUUCUAUGCUAACAACGCGACCUUGAUAAUAAACCCUGCAAAGAGAGAGGACUCAGGAGUGUACAGAAUGCAUGGGACUAAAGAGAUCACAGGGGAACGACUGGAGGCCUACACACUGCAAAUAAUAAUUAUGGGUGCCAGCGACAAAUCUGAAGACCAGUAUUCCAGCCAAGAAACUACAAACUCAGCCUCAGGAAUAGGAUUCCAGCCCCCAACCCAAAUCCCAGUUGAAGGAGAGGGAGGUAUCUCCCCUGUCUUCAUGAGCGUGUGGCUGGUCGAGAUCAUCAUUCUCAUCGCCCUGCUAGGUUGGAGUUACUACGACACUAGAAAUAGGAAACCACCACAGUCAGGUCACAGCAUGUUAUGUUCAGCAUCGAAAGAUCAGCUUGAAAACAGUUAGGUCAACUGUGCUACACUGUGUUUAAAUCUAAAUUAAAUUUUGAUCUCUGUAUAAAGUAAUUUACUACAUUAAGUUACAUUUAUUCAAACAUAUUACACUGCAAUUUUAGGAGCAAAUUGUUGUUAUUCAGCAACUUUUAAACAGUUGAAUUAUUCAACACACAUUUAGCAGAAUUCAUUGUCACUUUAUAUGAUGUUAGAUAUUAUUUAUUCUUGGUGUAUGGUUCAACUUCAACUUAACUCUGCUUCAUUU